ACUGGUUUUUGUUUAAAUACCUCUCAAGUAUGGAUUAAGAUUGAAAUUAGUUACUAAUGCCAACUCAAGACGUUUGGCGCACUCAACAAAAGGCAGUCUUACUUCGUCACAAGCAUUGAUAAGCAUUUCACUACAAAAGCCUUGAAGUAUAGUUGGAUUCUUGCUAGGAAAAUCUGGGUCUUGUCUUUGCUAACCAGUGUCUCCGUGUCGUUCAUUAAAACCGUGUUAUGUAAUGCGCGAUCUUUCAAAUGCGGAAAUACAGAGUAUAGUCAAGCUCCAAGCUCAUAUUCGAGGUAUUUUGGCGCGCACAAGGUUCAAGAAAGCUUUACAAAUUUUUCGAAAUAUAGUAUCUGAAUGUGGUGAAUCUGAAGAUAAUUUAAGUCAGUUUCAAUACACGUUUAAUCACUUUGGAAAGAACAGAACAUGUUCAGUCAACAGUACCAAUACUUGUGAGAAAUUAAAACUUCCUGAGCUGUACGCUCUCAGAAACAAUCUUUUCCUCGAAGCUAUAUGGUUGGAUCAGGCUAUCACCAGUCGCCGUCAUUUUCUGAUGUACAAACAAGAUUUUAAUGCACACUUCGAUCAAUGAAUAUAUAGUGUAAUCUAAUACAACUUAUUUGCUCAUCAAAUUCAUACUGAUUUAUGCAUCUCAUAUUUCGAAUAACACGUUAUGGUUUCACAGAUUGUUUUCAGUCAGUUUAAUGUACUGCCACCCAAAGAUAAAUUUAAGAUUUGUAUGCAC